AUGGGCCCCGCAUUGUCCUCAAACAGCUCCAGUGCCACAGCAUAUGGUCGGGAGCAGUGCGUACACCGGGACUACGGCCACGGGUCUACAGUUUGCGUGUGCGACGAAAACCAUUGCGAUAACUUAGACCCAAUCGUUGUCACCGCUAACGGUGUGGUCACUGUAUACGAGACCAGUCAAUUGGGUGGCCAUCGGUUGGACAAAACUGAGCUAAGGUUUGGCGACCCAUCAAAUGGACGGACGGGUAGAUCGCAAACAAUAAUCGUAGACAAGGCUAAGGAAACGUAUCAACAGAUACUGGGCUUCGGGGGUGCGUUCACCGACUCGGCCGGGCUCAACAUCCGCUCCCUUCCCGCCGGACUCCAGGAACGGCUAAUCGGCGACUAUUUUGCCGAUACGGGCAUUGAGUACACAUUUGGUCGCAUACCUAUAGGGGGCGCAGACUUUUCCACCCGUGCCUACACUUAUGAUGAUAACAAUAAUGUUUUCGAUUUUGAGCUCAACAAUUGGAAACUUGAGCAAGAUGACUUUGAUUAUAAGAUACCAUUUAUAAAAAGUGCAUUAAAAGCUAGUUCAAACAAACUGCAACUUAUAGCCAGCACUUGGUCACCACCGGCGUGGCUCAAAGACAAUGGUAAAUUAGUGGGCGGGUAUUUAAUAGGCGCCCCAGGUGGCCAACACUAUAAGACGUACGCUAAUUACAUUGUAAAAUUUCUGGACGCGUACAAAGCCCAGGGUAUACCCAUAUGGGGCUUGACUGUAGUGAACGAGCCUCUAAACUCUAAGGACCCAAACUGGAGGUUUAAUUGCCUCGGAUUUACCCCUGAAACCCAACGCGAUUUCAUUAAGCUCGAUCUGGGGCCGGCAUUGCAAAGGGCCGGGUAUGGACUAAACAGCACUCAUCUAAUGAUUUACGAUGAUAACUUUCGGCAACUGUACGACUGGGCGCGGGUUAUCUACGGGGACCGGGAGGCGGCCCAAUACGUGUCCGGUGCGGCCUUUCACUGGUAUCAGAACCAGAAUUAUAGCGAAGUGAUUGAAGUGUUGGAUAAGACCCGGGCUAUCGGUGCCGACAAAUUCAUGCUCAACACCGAGGGCUGCGAAGAGUGGGCCGGCCUUACAGAGCACGUACAGCUCGGCUCCUGGCACUCGUUUGAACGCUAUGUCAACGAUAUUAUGAUUGACUUAAAUCAUUGGUCGGCCGGUUGGGUGGACUGGAACCUAGCUCUGGACCCGACGGGCGGACCCAAUUGGGCCAAAAACUUUGUGGACGCGCCUAUCAUUGUAAACGCAGUCAAACGGGAGUACUACAAACAGCCCGUAUAUUACGCCCUUGGUCAUUUCAGCAAAUUCCUGACCCCUGGUUCAAAGCGAAUGCACAAAACACAUAACAAACAAUUGGCGGCGGAUUUACAAUCAACGGCUUUUGUGAGACCCGAUGGCGGAACAGUUGUCAUCGCACUCAACACCGGUGACCAACCCAUAGAUUUGACCAGUAUGUUGCCAAUGUUGCAACAUGCCUGGAACAUGUUACCAAAAACGGCUGUAAACAUGUGUAAUCACGCGUACACUGAAGCCUCGCUGAUAACCAUCGGAUCGGCCGACGAACAGGCAUUUCUCACAAAACUACUCUCCAAUUAUAGCACCAAUGCUGACAGAGUGUGGAUCAAUCGACCCAACACUGAUAAUUACGGAAAUGUUUAUAACAACUAUGUUGACAAUACCCAUUAUGAUUACCGUGAUUAA